AUGGCCUCGAGCCCGGGCGUCGGCGGCGGAGGGGCGGACGGGGGCGUCGGUGAUGGACCGACGACGCUGGACGAGCUGUACCACAUCAACGUCGUGCCGGCCGAGCUGCACUUCAAGUUCCGCAAGGAGCUCCAGGGCCUCCGCGUCGGCCUCAACUUCGAGUUCUACAACCUAGAGGUGAACGAUUUUGAGGCAAAGGUAGUUCUGAAGCCCCUGGACUUCGACCGGAAGUGGAAGUUCCAGUACAAGCCCAUCAGUGGUGACAUACAGCUGCUCUCCAAGAAGAUACCAGUCACAAAAUAUCUCAACCUCCAGGUCGGCAUUGGUCACAAUUUCCAACUGAAGGCAACUGGAUGGAAGUGGAAGCUCUCUACUUGCUUGGGGGGAGAUGGUGUUUCUCAGAUAAGAAACAAAUCAAAACUCAACCUGUUUCCAGGGUUUGAUCUGAGGCUCGGGUGGAAAGCUGAAUAUGUGCUUCCUGAGAUUCAUGGGGCUGUUGGCACAGGAGAACCUGCCUUCAGUAUGAACUAUGGACGAUUGCAAGCAUCCAUAGACCGUGUUGAGGCUAUUGUGACCCAAUCAGAUCGGUGCUCAACCUCCUAG